CAAACCGGGAGUAUACUAUGUAUCUGACCACAGUCAUCACUGGCACAGAGAUUCAGGUGAUCGAGACGUGAAAAUCAAAGCAUCAAAAAACACGCGAUAAGAGGCCAUAUGUGCAACACUGGAUGUUUCGGCCGAGGACGCGCACAGGCGCUAUCGCGAACGUGUGUCGAAGUUUACAACAUGGGACGAAACAAUAAAAGCAUCGUGGACUCCGGACAGGGUAUCUCGAAGAGAAUGCAUUCUAAACAUAUUCUCAUGCUUGAUAGAGGACGACCGUGAUCGCCAUGGCACAAAUAACCGAAUCGCAGCCUUUUCUUUACUCCGACGAUCCCACAGUAACCGAGUCCAAGGAUACCUUGGGCCAGCCCUUCCGCCGCGCUGGUAGGCGACAUAUUAUCCUCACUAGUUUUGGAGUUGCCGUUGGCACCUCACUUCUCUGGGUCAUCGUGCUGCUGCUCUGUCGUACCAAACCCACGCCUACUGACUCGCCCAGCUCGAAUCACACCGCCCCAUCUCGGUACAACAUAACCACCGGCGCACACCUCCUGAGCUGCGGGAAAACAGCCCGGGAAGCGCGGUCUCAGGGCUGCAGAUACGACAUCCUGCUCAACAACUGGGUGCCGGCACCUUGCUACGACCAGGAGUGGAUCGACGAGUACACGGAGGACCUGUCAUGGGGCGCGUAUGCAGACAUCAGUAUGACGGUCAAGCUCAGCGUCGAGGAGAUGUCCGAGCGCGACUUUUACUACACAUCCAUCCGGGAUCACAUCAACCACUGCGCCAUCAUGUGGAAAAAGCAAUUUUGGGUCCUGUACGAGAAACGUAAUGCGUUCGAUACGGUCAUCGCCAACCCAGGGCAUACGGAGCACUGUGCGCAGUACUUGAUGGACGUGGGGGACGCCAACUAUACGGAGCCAACGAAGACGCAUAUGGGAUUUGCCGGAUGCUGGGUUCGUGAAUAAUUUGCCAUGAGCAGCGGCACAAAUCAGCGUAAUAGGGGGAAAAUACAGGACAAAGAUGAUAAUGCAGUUUGGGAUAUUGGGGAUGCUUGCUUUUAAUGUGGUCAUUCGACAAGCUUCGUGUUAGCUGGUAUCUAUCAUAACGGUAAUCGUUUUAAGAGUUAGCCCA